CUUAUUUCCCACAUUAUAUUCGCCAGUUCACCAACAUCAAUUUAUUUCGGAUAGGCAUACUGAGGAAGGAGAGGACCAUUUUGUUCGUCGGUGGCAGAAAUGUACGGCAAGCUGUGGGUGCCGAAUAGGUUCAGGUCCUGGUCGCCUUCGCCUAUAGACAUUCCAGGAAUUGAUGAUUAUUUCUACCUCAACGUCCGCUCCAUGAACCAGGGAGGGAAAGACUCACUUGUUUUUAGCGACUUCAGCUCAAUAUUAGAUUCUUUUCUUCGCACUGUGUUUGUCGAGGUCGACUACGAUAAACCUCUCGAGUAUCCUAUUCAUCGACUAUCUCAAAAGAUGAAGGUACUUCGGUCCAGAUUGGACGAUGCACGCAGCCUGUUGGAUGCAGAACAACUUCCAGAAGACCUAGUAACCAAGGCCGAAAUUUUUGGCUUCAACGCAUCUAAUGGAUACGAAGAGGCCGCUGAGUUCGUUGCUGUUCUUGCGACACAUUUAGGAAAACUGUUGGAGGUCGUAGAAGCGGAAAGCAAGCAGAUGGUUAAACAACUCGAAAAAUUGUUGUCUAACAAUCAGAUUUCCUUCGACCUUCUCGAGUAUUACUAUGAGGAAGGGAAGCAUUACAUCUUUAAUGAUGGGCUUUUACAGAAUGGAUUAGAUGUCGAGCGACUUAUUAUCUUGGUGGUCUUGAAGAGUGCCCGCUUCCGUGAUGAUAGACAGGCGUUGCUUAUCACAUUGGAGCAUCUUGAAUGGGAUGGCGUUCGUUUCGAGAAUCGCACCAUGUCAUUGGAUUUUUUUGCAUUUCAGGGAACUCGAGCCUUCUCGUCGCUGUUUCUUCAACCCGUCACAGAUGAAGCCCUUGCUAAAGUGACUGAGCGUGGAAGACUCUAUCUUUGUUACAGCAGAGUCUGUUGUGCAGAGUAUCAUGACGACACACCAAUGCGGUCAGUCGUCAGUAGCAACUCAACACCACGGACCAGGCGGGUGAUGGUUGACCCAGUUGGAUUCCACCGCGCCUUGCAAGGCUACAACCCAAAUCGACGUGUACCACUGCCCGUUGAUGCCCAGGAGCAUAUCGCGCACCUUCCAUACUGGAUUGGUGGGUAUGAUCUCGAAGUGAACCAAUGGCAAACAUUCAAUAUCUGGGAUUUGAAACCGGUCGAGUAUGAUCAAGAAGCAUGGAGCAAAUUAAUUAUGGACGAAGAUACCAAGGAUCUUAUAAGAGCACUGGUGGAUAAUGCUGGCUGUUCUGUAGGCGGUCUAAAGCCAGCGCAGUUCAAGAAAGGACAGACAAUACUUCUCAAGGGACCACCAGGAACUGGCAGAAUGACAACUGUUCAGGCUGUCUGCAAUCUCCUCGAAAGACCCCUGCUCACUAUUAAUAUCACUGCUUAUGACUUCUUAUACGACCUUGAGAAUCUCAUGUUGGAUGUUGCUCUGCGCAUAUCGUUUGCAGCUACUUGGAAUGCGGUGAUUGUGGUGAAAGACGCCGAUCAUUUCUUGGAGUCGAAAGAACAAGGACAUAGGGAUCGCGUCAACGCUGUUCUCAGUCAAUUUGAGUCGGAUGAUUGUAUCUCCUUCUGGGUAUCAAGUACCUGCGACGAAGAACUCCUGACGCAAUUUUCUGCUGUUGUUGAUUUCCCUGAACUGGAUGCCGCAGCCCGACGUCAUCUUUGGCUUGGCCACUUUGGUUUGAACAAUUCUGCUUCGAUUAUAUGGAACAGCGAACACACACUUAUCGGUUCCUCCCUUGUGGAUCAGAAAGAGAUGAAUUAUUCAUUACUUCUUCGUGAGAUCAAGAAACUCUCACAGCAUCAGUUAGAUGGAAAGAUGAUCGAUAAUAUUGUACGAUCCGCGCGAGCACUAGCUGCCUCAAAUGGAGAGCAUUUCUCCAUCCACCACAUCAAAGUGGUCAUGAAAGCACAGCGAUUGGAUCAUCUUCCUUUAUGGCGGAAACUGACCCAAAUUUUGACACGUCCGGCGAAGGCUCUUCACACGAGUGUGGUGAUUUAGGCGGAAAGCUCAUUGGUUUAGUGCUACUGAUAGACUUGAUGUACUUGUAUAUAUGUGUAAUAUAGCCUUCACUGUGUACCAUUUGAUGUAUGAGAUUAGAUUGCAGACCCG